GGGUCACGUGCCGAAAGUUUCCACUGCAAAUGGCGGCUAGCAAACAUGAGAACAUCCACAUGGCAGUAAAAUCGCAAAAUCCGCUUAAAUGUUCGCAGUAUUCCUUACCAUAACAGUGAUUAAUUGUUAGUUUACGUUAAAUUCCGAUCAUCCCUUAUCACCUCACAGCAUGUCAAACGAAAAUAAGUGCGAAAACAUGGACAACCAACAGGGAGAAAACGCAACGAAUUUAUCAAAUUCCACUAGUGUGUGUGAAGCUAAUACGGGUGUUGCAAUAAAAAACAUCGAAUCUGAUGCACUGGACCGUCUUUUGGUGUAUGACAGCGACUCGAGCUCUUCCUCCGAAAUGAUGAAGCUUAAUCUGAAUUGGAGGGCUCAGGAGGGGUCCGAGGACUCGUCCAGUUCCUCGUCUUCGUCUUCGGAGGAUGAGGAGGACAGUGAAACGAGUGGGGACGAUGAUGAUGACGAUGACUCACAGCCCAUUGAAACAACGACACAAAAUAAGGGGGCUAUUAAGAAAAGCCCACCUAAAGUCAGUGAUGAACUAGGGAUUGAACAUUUGCCCCCGGUUCCGGACUUGUCAUCGCUUCAAAUUAACGUGGAAAAUGAGAGUUUUGUGCAUAUGGGAAAUGUGUUCGGGAUUGUGGAUAAGUUAGUAACUAUCGCGGCCCUUCCAAACACUCCAGCGUACGACUUGGAUACGCUCCUCUUCCUAGACAACGGCAAGCGACCUCUAGGUUUCGUUUUCGACGUUUUAGGCCAAGUCACUUCCCCUAUCUAUGCCAUUCGUUUCAAUUCACUUGAAGACAUAAAAAAUUUACAAAUUGAGAUUGGAACAAAAGUCUAUUCCGCACCUACAAGCAAGCACACACAAUACGUUUUCCUUCAACAGCUGCUCAAAAUGAAAGGUAGUGACGCUUCCUGGAUGGACGACACGGAAGUCCCCCCCGAGUUCGCCGAUUUUUCCGACGACGAAAACGAGUGUUACCAGCGAUACGGUAAUAAAAAACUAGCUCCUCACGUGAAACGCACCCACAGUAGCGACAAUUACAAAAAAUUCGAGACGACAAUGAACCGAAAGAACAUCCUCAAUACGAAAUUUAACAAAUACAUGGAUUCGUACAAGCAGGCGCGCUUGAACAAAGCUAAAUCGAAACGGCCACAAGCACCCAACAUCCACACGGCUGUGCCCAUGUUCGACCCAUCGGUGCCGCCACCCAACAUGGCACACUACCACCAACCCAUCGCCCAGUACGUUGGCGUCGAAAACAACAACAUGGGCCCUAGUCUCGGAUUCGCUCCAAAUUUUUUCAUGAAUAAUUUCGUUAGCAACUCCGCAAGCUAUCUGAACCAUCCGGGGCCCUCGCACCAAUAGGAAUUUCGACUUUUCUAAGUUUCAUGCCAUGUAAAAGACUGUUGUUGUUUUACCAUAUAAUUGAGAAUGUUCAGUUGAUUUGUGUUUCGCAACUUGUUUCUAUUAUUUCUAAUAAACGUUUAAAAGUU